CCCUGGGUGACGUUGGGGGCCGUCGCUUCCUGUGCGGUUGCCCAGGCUCCUUGUGACGAGCGGCUCCGGGGUGAAAGUUGGCGGCGGUGGCGGCUCCUUCCUGUCUCACAGCUGCUUCCAAUAUGGCGGCGGCAGCGGUAGGAGCGGCGGCCGCGGCCGAGUCCGACUCGGACUGGCUCCUCACCCGCGACGGCUGCUUGAGCUGCGAGGAAGGCCUACGCAGCCUGGCCUACCACCCGUCCCUCAACGCCAUCCUGGCCGUCACCAAUCGCUCCACCGUCAAAGUCAUCGACGGCACUUCGGGCGCCGUGCUGCAGGUGUCCCGGUUAAACGCCAAACCAGGAGGUCAGGUGAGGUGUCAGUACUUUCCAGCAGUGGACAAAGUUGUCUUUGUGGAUGACUAUGCAGUUGGAUGUAGAAAAGAUUUGAAUGGCAUCUUGCUGCUUGAUACAGCACUACAGACCCCGGUCUCGAAGCAAGAUGAUGUGGUUCAGCUUGAGUUGCCAGUUACGGAGGCCCAGCAAUUGCUAUCUGCUUGUCUAGAGAAGGUGGAGGUCUCAUAUAUAGAAGGGUACGAUCAGUUUAUCUCUCAAUUGAAGGAUGGGCUGCAAAAUACUUCACAUGAGACAGCAGCAAAUCAUAAAGUUGCAAAGUGGGCAACAGUCACUUUUCAUCUUCCUCAUCAUAUCCUGAAAUCAGUUGCCAGUGCCAUUGUAAAUGAGUUGAAAAAGACCAAUCAUAAUAUUUCUGCCCUGUCCGUAGCCUCAUCCGUAAUGGAUAGGCUAUCCUACCUCUUGCCAAGUGCUCGACCUGAACUUGGUGUGGGCCCUGGUCGCUCAGUGGACAGGUCACUAAUGUAUAGUGAGGCCAACAGGCGAGAAACCUUCACCUCUUGGCCACAUGUUGGAUACAGAUGGGCUCAACCUGAUCCUAUGGCGCAGGCAGGAUUCUAUCACCAACCAGCUUCCUCUGGUGAUGACCGGGCCAUGUGUUUUACGUGUAGUGUUUGCUUGGUGUGCUGGGAGCCCACAGAUGAACCUUGGUCAGAACAUGAGCGGCAUUCUCCUAAUUGUCCAUUUGUGAAAGGUGAACACACGCAAAAUGUGCCACUGUCAAUAACAUUGGCAACAAGUCCUGCACAGUUUCCCAGCAUAGAUGUUCCUGACCGAAUAGCAUGUGUUGGCUUUGGAAGUUGUCCUCAUUUCUUGGCUGCAUCGACCAGGCGUGGAAAGAUCUGUAUAUGGGAUGUAUCUAAAAUGAUGAAGGUUCAUUUGAAAUUUGACAUCAACCCAUAUGACGCAGCAAUUUUGAGGCAUAUCUCUAUACCUGAGGUAGAACAUGGGCCAAGUAGUGAAUCCCGGAGGCCAACCCUGGCAUGGUUGGAAGACUCUUCCAGUUGUUCUGAUAUACCAAAAUUAGAAGGUGACAGUGAUGAUCAACUGGAAGAUUCUGAUAGUGAAGAGCAUUCCAGAACAGAUUCGGCAACAGGACACACAUCACAGAAGGAGUGCAACUUGGAUGUCAGCAUAGAUGUAACUACAUUGAGUAUUCUUCAGCAGCCUGAAAAGCGUCAGUGGGAGAUAGUGGCAAAUGUAAUUGAGGACACAGUUAAAGAUCUGGAGGAACUGGGUGGAAACACAUCCACUGUCAACAAUAAGAGUGAAAAAUCUAAGGAAAAACAUGCUGAGCAGCAAAACAUUCCCUAUCCAUGUUUAUUAGCAGGAGUUUUAUUAUCUUACAAAUCUGCUGCUGCUUCUCCUAUUAGUAGUCAGUCACGGAGAUCUUUGGACUCUUUAAGCAGGACUCAAGGUGAAAAUGUGUCUGAGCAAGUGACAGUGGACAAUGAAUCCUGUAGUAACUCAGAACUGAGUUCACCAUCAGUAAGAAGGACCUUGCCUUUAUUGUUGCUUUAUAGCAUUAAAGAAUCUGAUGAAAAGGCAAAUAAAGUUUUUGCACAAAUGAACAAUCUUGUGAAUAAAAGUUUACACGAUGAAGGCUUCACCGUUCCACAGAUAAUAGAAAUGGAAUUAGAUAGUCAGGAACAACUCUUAUUGCAGGAUCCUCCUAUGACUUACAUUCAGCAGUUUGCUGAUGCUGCAGCUAACCUUGCCUCUGUAGACUCUGAAAAAUGGAGUUCAUUGGUUCCAAAACCUGGUGCCCUAGCCCAUUGCCUGCGGCUGCCAAAGUUUGCUGAAGAGGAAAGCCUCCAUGUUGAUUCUAUCACGCCCUGUGCUGACGGAAUUCAUCUUUUGAUAGGACUGCGGACUUGUCCUGUUACACCCUUGAGUGCAAUAAGUCAAGUAGAGGCCUUGAAUAAUUUAAAUAAGUUGAACUCUGCACUGUGUAAUAGAAGUAAAGGAGAUUUAGAAUCAAACCUAACUAUAGGGAUUAAUGCAGAUAUUGGAUUUCUUCAGGAAGAGUCACCAACUGACACAAAAAGCCCACUUAUAAUUCAGCCUGAGGAAAGAACUCUGAGUGGUGGUUAUCUUCUGCUUUAUAAGAUUAAUUACAGCACAAGGAUAGUAACUUUAGAAGAGCAACCUGUCAAAGUCCAGCAUAUCAAAGAUCCACAAGACGCGGUUACCUCACUAAUAUUACUUCCACCAGAUGUGUUGGAUAAUAAAGAAGACGAUUGUGAGGAAUUAAUAGAUGAAGCAACUUUGACUUCAAAAAACGGAAUUGUGAGGGAAAAGAAAUCUAACGCAUCUAAUCUGGGGCACUUAGUAGUCACUACUCAGGGAGGAUUUAUUAAAAUUUUAGAUCUCUCAAACUUUGAAACUCUGGCUAAUGUGGAGCCACCUAGGAAAGAGAGCAGUAAUGAACUAGACCCUUUUAUCUCAGUGGUGUACUGCUCUGGAACAGACAGACUUUGUGCUUGCACCGAUGGUGGAGAACUUCAUUUCCUCCAGAUUGGCGGGACUGGUGAAGAUGCAGAUGAAACAGAUAUAUUUGUGGACGGCAACCUUCCUAAAGGAGUAGAUCAGUUAUCUGAGGGAAGCAGACACACAUCUAACCCAUCCAGUCCUGGAAUUACAGGGGUUGAUUUGUUGGUGGACCAGCCUUUCACUGCAGAAGUAUUGACAUCAUUGGUAGAACUCACUCGAUUUGAGACUUUGACCCCACGAUUUUCAGCCACUGUCCCUCCCUGUUGGGUGGAGGUUCAGCAGGAGCAACAGCAGAGGCGACAUCCACAACACCUGCACCAACAGCACCAUGGAGAUGCAGCUCAGCAUACUCGCACGUGGAAACUACAAUCAGACAGUACCAGCUGGGAGGAACAUGUCUUUGAGCUGGUGUUGCCCAAAGCCUGCAUGGUUGGACAUGUGGACUUCAAAUUUGUCUUGAAUUCAAACAUCACAAACAUUCCGCAGAUUCAAGUUACUUUAUUGAAGAACAAGGCACCUGGUUUAGGUAAAGUUAAUGAGUCUGCGGUGGACAAGCAGAUCUUGUUUCCUUUAUCUCCAGCUUCUCAUGCGGAGGUGGAGAGAAAUGGGCGAUCUGAUCUUGCUGAUUUAAGUGAAGACAUGGAUGUGGAUGAAUCUCAAGAAGGUCCCAGACUUUGUCAGUUUCUGGAGGAACACAAGGAAGAUAUAUUAUGUGGACCUGUAUGGUUGGCAAGUGGCCUGGAUCUUUCAGGACAUGCUGGGAUGCUGACACUAACUAGUCCUAAACUAAUUAAAGCAGGCAUGGCUGGUGGCAAAUAUCGGUCGUUUCUAGUUCACAUCAGAUCAACUAAUGAGAAGGCAAACGAAGAGAAUUCUAAUGGCAGUGGAGUAAGGCCAGUCAUGAGAAUGCAAACCUUGAAACCACAGAACAGCAAGAGUCACUCUCUUGCUUCAUUGCUUGCUAAAGUUACAGCAGGAAAGGAAAAGCCAUCUACCUCAAAAACAUCAGAGUCUGGGAAUUCCUCUAAGAAACCUGACAAUCUGAGAGGCUGUGAUCUGCUGCAAGAAGUUUCAGUUACUAUUCGUAGGUUCAAGAAAACUUGCAUCCCGAAGGAAAGGAUGCAGCGAUGUGCCAUGUUACAGUUCUCGGAAUUCCAUGAAAAGCUGCUUAAUACACUGUGCAAAAUAUCAGAUGAUGGUCCCGUCACGGAACAUGCUCAGAGUCUUGUGUUAGAUAUUCUCUGCUGGUUGGCAGGAGUCCAUGCAAAUGGACUGUGCAGUUUCAGAGAUGGGAAAGAAAGUCUGCACACACAAACCAAGAAACGACUCUCCAGCAUUGUGCGAGUUUGUUUCUUUGAAGCUGGUCGAAGUAUAGCUCAUAAAUGUGCUCGGUUCCUCGCGCUUUGCAUAAGUAAUGGGAAAACCGAUGCGAGUCAGUUGGGAUUUGGAGGUGCUCUGUUGAAAGCUUUACUUGAUAAUUUGCCUUACUUACCUGCAGCAGCAACUGGUGGUUCUGUGUUCUGGUACUUUGUACUGCUGAACUAUGUUAAGGAGGAAGACCUGGCUGGAUGCAGUACAGUUUGUGCAUCUCUUCUUACUGCUGUUUCCAAACAGCUUCAGGACCGGCUCACACCUCUUGAAGCUUUACUUCAGACCAGAUAUGGUUUGUACAGCUCACCCUUUGAUCCAGUUCUGUUCGAUUUAGAGAUGGGUGGUUCAUCCUGCAAAAAUGCCUAUAAUAGCAGCACGUGUGUGCAAUCUGAUGAAAUAGAUCUUUCUGAUGUACUAUCAGGGAAUGGAAAGAUGAGCAAUUGUGCUGCAGCAGAAGGCAGUUUCACAGCUCUUACUGGGCUCCUGGAAGUGGAACCUCUGCACUUCAGUUGCAUUUCAACGAGUGAUGGCACAAGAGUGGAGAGAGAUGAUGCAAUGACUGGCUUUGGGCUUACAACAGCAGUAGGUGGGCUUACAACUGGCACAGUAGGAGAAGCCUCAACGGCCCUGAGUUCAGCAGCUCAAGUUGCCCUUCAGUCCCUCUCUCAUGCAAUGGCCUCAGCAGAGCAGCAGCUACAGGUUCUGCAGGAGAAGCAACAGCAGUUGCUAAAACUUCAGCAGCAGAAGGCCAAGCUGGAAGCCAAGUUGCAUCAGACUACGGCAGCAGCAGUAGCAGCGUCAGCACCUGGAGUCGGACCUAUUCACAACUCUGUGCCUUCUAGUGCCUCCACAGCACCUGGCUUUUUCAUACACCCAGCCGAUGUCAUUCCACCCACUCCAAAAACAACACCAUUGUUCAUGACUCCGCCAUUAACACCUCCCAAUGAAGCAGUUUCUGCAGCAAUCAGUGCAGAGUUAGCCCAGCUCUUUCCUGGCUCAGUUAUUGAUCCUCAUCCUGUCACUGUGGCCAUUCACUCAAAAAAUACCAACAAGUCCAAAACGAGUUCUCUGGGAACUGGUCUCGCUCUAGCAAUUUCUCAUGCUUCUCACCUACUUCAGCCUCCACCACAUCAAUCUAUUAUCAUUGAACGCAUGCAUUCAGGGGCUCGACGGUUUGUGACGCUGGACUUUGGGAGACCAAUACUCUUAACUGAUAUAUUGAUUCCAACCUGUGGUGAUUUGGCAUCUUUAUCAAUUGACAUUUGGACUCUGGGAGAAGAAGUGGAUGGAAGACGUCUAGUGGUGGCGACAGAUAUUAGUACACACUCACUGAUUCUUCAUGAUUUACUGCCUCCACCUGUUUGCAGGUUCAUGAAGAUUACAGUGAUUGGGCGUUAUGGAAGCACAAAUGCAAGAGCUAAAAUACCACUGGGUCUGUAUUAUGGGCACACUUACAUCUUACCUUGGGAAAGUGAAAUCAAGUUGAUUCAUGACCCUCUAAAAGGUGAAAGUGAUUCUGCAAGCCAGCCAGAAAUGGAACAGCAAUUAACAAUGAUGGUAGCUCUUCAAGAAGAUAUACAGUGCAGAUAUAACCUCGCUUGCCAUAGGCUGGAAACUUUGCUGCAGAAUAUUGAUCUUCCUCCACUGAAUAGUGCUAACAAUGCUCAGUACUUCCUACGGAAGCCAGACAAAGCAGUCGAAGAGGAUAGUAAAGUAUUUUCGGCAUAUCAAGACUGCAUUCAGUUGCAGCUUCAGCUCAACUUGGCCCAUCAUGCUGUGCAACGCCUUAGGGUGGCUCUUGGAUCCAGCAGGAAAACUCUGCCAGAAACAUACGACUCAACAGAAUUAAUACAGAAUUCUUCUACAGAGCAACUGCGCACAAUCAUCCGAUACCUUCUGGACACAUUACUGAGCCUUUUACAUUUGUCCAGUGGUCAUGCUGUGCCAGCAGUUCUUCAAAGCACAUUCCAUGCACAGGCCUGUGAAGAACUAUUCAAACAUUUGUGUAUCAGUGGUACCCCAAAAAUCCGAUUGCACGCUGGACUGUUGCUUGUGCAGCUUUGUGGUGGUGAGAGGUGGUGGGGGCAAUUCCUGUCCAAUGUUUUACAAGAGCUUUAUAACUCUGAACAACAUCUCAUCUUCCCACAGGACAGGGUUUUCAUGUUACUUUCCUGCUUUGGUCAGCGAUCGCUGAGUAACAGUGGGGUCUUAGAAGGCCUGCUGAACCUUUUGGAUAAUUUAUUAUCAUCUCUGCAACCACAAAUGGCAACAUACAGACGUACAGAGGGUGUGCUGGACAUCCCAAUGGUCAGUUGGGUUGUAAUGCUUGUAUCUCGGCUGUUGGACUAUGUUGCAAGCGUUGAAGAUGAAGUGGCUGCGGCCAAAAAGCCAUUAAAUGGUAAAGACAGAGAACGGAUGCUGACAGGAAACCAGUGGAGCUUCAUCAAUAACAAUCUUCAGUCACAGGGUUCAUGCAAAACUACCAAAGGCAGCAGCAGUCUUGACCGAUUAUAUUCAAGAAAAAUUCGAAAGCAACUCAUACACCAUAAGCAGCAACUCAAUUUGUUAAAAGCAAAACAAAAGGCAUUAGUUGAGCAAAUAGAAAAAGAGAAGAUCCAGAGCAGCAAAGGAUCUUCAUAUAAACUUUUGGUAGAACAGGCAAAGCUAAAGCAAGCUACGUCAAAGCAUUUCAAAGACCUCAUUCGUUUGCGCCGGACUGCAGAAUGGCCUCGCACUACUUUAGAUUCAGAAUCAUCUUCAACAAAAGACUCCCCAGAAGUGGAACCCCUUCCAUUUACUUUGUCCCAUGAUCGCUGCAUUGCGGUGGUUCAGAAGCUUGCACUUUUUCUUCUUUCCAUGGAUUUUACCUGUCAUGCAGAUUUACUGCUCUUUGUCUGCAAGGUUUUGGCACGCAUAGCAAAUGCUACAAGACCAACAAUUCACCUUUGUGAAAUUGUUAAUGAGCAGCAGCUUGAAAGACUUCUCCUCCUACUGGUGGGAACAGACUUCAACAGGGGAGACAUCUCCUGGGGUGGAGCAUGGGCCCAAUAUUCUUUGACCUGCAUGAUUCAAGAUAUCUUGGCAGGUGAGCUGUUGUCACCAGUAACAAUAGAGACGAUGGAAGAAGGAGCAGUUGGUGAAGAUGCCGGGGCAUCAACAGCUGACUCUGAUGACACCCUGCCUCAACCGCCUGUUAUUCCACUUGUGGAAUCUAUAGAUGAACCUCUGACCCCAGAUAUUACAGGUGCUCCAUCUGCAUCAUCUUUGGAAAAAGAUAAAGACAAAGACUUUGACAUGCUACAAGACCUCAUGGAUGUUGAUAUUGGUCCCCUAGAUGUUGACUUUGAUGAAGAUCCACUUGCUGCCAAAGUAUUCAAGCCAAUUAGCAGUACUUGGUACGACUAUUGGGGUACAGACUAUGGCACUUACAGUUACAAUCCUUAUGUUGGUGGCGUUGGAAUUCAGAUGCCGAAACCACCUGCUGCCAGUGAGAAGAAUGGAUCUCAAAGUGUAUCCGUUUCCGUCUCACAAGCACUGGAUGCCCGUCUGGAGGUUGGUUUGGAGCAGCAAGCUGAGCUGAUGUUGAAGAUGAUGGCUACGCUGGAAGCUGAUUCUAUUCUUCAGGCUCUCACUAAUACAACACCUACAGUUUCUCAACCAACCCCUGGAACUGAUGACUCCAUGUUGAGGGGCUUGCAUUCAUCUAGCCAGAUGAUUGUGCCACCACCAUCAAUCCCCAUGUUAAGUGCAUGUUUCAACAAACUGUUCUCAAUGCUCCAGGUUCAUCAUGUUCAGUUGGAAUCAUUAUUGCAGUUGUGGCUUACAUUGAACAUGAAUGCUUGUUCUGCUGGAAAUGAAGAUGCUGGAACUGAUGUAUUUUUAUUUAAUGCAAGUAGAGUUCCAACAAUCUCUUUAAGCCAAGCUUCAAUAUCUAGCCUCUUAACAGUGUUAGCCUGGUACCCAAACACUUCUCUACGGACUUGGUGCCUUGUGUUGCACAGUCUGACUCUUAUGACGAACAUGCAGCUGAAUGUUGCUCCAAGCAAUAGUAUGGUGUUGCAAGAAAACACAGCACAGGUGAUGGUUUCUGAUCCAAACAUGAUUCACGUAUUAGUGAGAUUCUUCUCAGGAACCAGCCCUCAUGGCACUUGUCAACACAGCCCACAGGUCGGACCAACAGCUACUCAAGCUAUGCUAGAGUUUCUGACUCGACUCCAGGUGCACCUGUCUUCGACGAAUCCUCAGAUGUUCAGUGAAUUCCUGUUGAAGCUUAUACAUAUACUUUCAACUGAAAGAGGCCCAUUCCAAACUGGACAAGGUCCACUGGAUGCACAGGUAAAACUCUUGGAGUUUACAUUGGAGCAAAACUUUGAGUCUGUUUCUGUCAGCGCAAUCUCUGCAGUCAUCGAAUCUGUGACUUUCCUGGUACAUCAUUACAUCACCUGCUCAGACAAAGUCAUAUCGCGAAGCGGAUCGGACAGUUCAGUUGGGGCCCGUGCCUGUUUCGGAGGAUUGUUUGCAAAUAUCAUUCGUCCAGGUGAUGCAAAAGCUGUAUGUGGGGAGACGACAAGGGAUCAACUCAUGUUUGAUCUGCUGAAGUUGGUUAACAUUUUGGUGCAGUUGCCCCUUUCAAGUAACCGGGAGUACAGUGCCAGGAUGGCAGUUGCCAGCAGUGCGUCAGACAGUGUGUCUGAUGAGGAAAAGGUCUCCGGCGGUAAAGAUGGGAGCACAAACACCUCUUUCACACAAGGAGCAACAACUUGCAUUGCCGAUUUGGUUUUGGGAAAUCAGCAAAUCAUGAGCCAGAUCCUUUCAGCUCUGGGCCAGUGCAAUAGCAAUGCUAUGGCAAUGAUAAUAGGUGCAAGUGGAUUACAUCUCACAAAACAUGAGAACUUCCACAGUGGUUUAGAUGCCAUUUCAGUUGGUGAUGGUCUCUUCAGCAUUCUAACUACAUUAAGCAAAAAAGCCACUUCAGUGCAGGUCAUGCUGCAGCCAAUUCUUACUUACAUGGCCUGUGGGUACAUGGGAAGACAGGGUUCCCUGUCAACGUGUCAGCUAUCUGAACCAUUGUUGUGGUUUAUUUUGCGAGUUUUGGAUUCCACUGAAGCUCUAAAAGCUUUCCAUGACAUGGGGGGUGUCCAACUUAUCUGCAAUAACAUGGUAACUAGUACCCGAGCAAUUGUUAAUACAGCACGGAGCAUGGUAUCUACCAUAAUGAAGUUUCUAGACUGUGGACCCGGUAAGACAGUUGAUGGAAACAUGAAGGCUAGAGUAUUAGCUUCAGAGCCUGACAAUGCGGAAGGACUUCAUAACUUCGCUCCAUUGGGUACAAUAACUUCUAGUAGCCCAACAGCUCAGCCAGCUGAGGUACUGCUUCAAGCCACACCACCCCAUCGCAGAGCUAGAUCUGCAGCGUGGUCAUAUAUCUUCUUACCAGAAGAAGCAUGGUGUGACCUCACUAUCCACCUUCCAGCUGCAGUGCUGCUCAAGGAGAUCCAUAUUCAGCCUCACCUUGCUUCACUUGCUACCUGUCCUUCUUCAGUAUCGGUUGAGAUCAGUGCAGAUGGAGUGAACAUGUUGCCUCUUUCUACCCCAGUCAUUACCAGUGGGCUAACUUAUAUUAAAAUACAGCUGGUCAAAGCUGAGGUAGCAUCAGCUGUCUGUCUCCGGCUACACCGCCCACGGGAUGCCAGCACUUUGGGCCUAUCACAGAUCAAACUACUGGGUCUUACAGCCUUUGGCAGCACUUCAUCUGCAACUGUGAAUAACCCUUUCCUGCCCUCGGAGGAUCAAGUUUCUAAAACCAGUAUUGGUUGGAUGCGACUUCUUCACCAUUGUUUGACCCAUAUCAGCGAACUCGAAGCAAUGAUGGCCAGUGCAGCAGCUCCUACGGCUAACCUGUUGCAGACCUGUGCUGCACUGCUAAUGUCACCGUAUUGUGGUAUGCAUUCACCAAAUAUCGAAGCUGUGUUGGUCAAGAUUGGAUUGCAGUCAACUAGGAUUGGCCUAAAACUGAUUGAUAUUCUGUUAAGGAAUUGUGCUGCUUCAGGCACUGACCCAGCAGAUUUAAAUAGCCCUUUGCUUUUCGGAAGACUGAAUGGUCUAUCUUCAGAUUCAACAAUUGAUAUUCUUUAUCAACUUGGAACAACUCAGGAUCCCGGUACGAAAGACAGGAUUCAAGCUUUGCUGAAGUGGGUGUAUGAUUCUGCAAGAGUGGCUGCUCUGAAGAGAAAUGGCCACAUCGCCACUGUAAAUUCAGAGAAUGUAACUCGCGAGUAUGGCCUCCUUAUGCCAUCACCUUCUCACUUGCAUUGCGUAGCUGCUGUCCUGUGGCAUAGCUAUGAGCUACCUGUCGAGUACGAUCUUCCAGGUUUAUUAAACAGAGAAUUGUUUGAGUUGCUGUUCAACUGGUCCAUGUCACUUCCUUGCAACAUGGUUCUGAAGAAAGCUGUAGACAGUUUGCUAUGUUCUAUAUGUCACAUUCAUCCCAGCUACUUUUCUUUGUUAAUGGGCUGGAUGGGCAUCACUCUGCCUUCUCUACAAAUGCAACACAGACUUUCAAUGACGGAUGACAGCAAGAAAGAGGACAUGGAUUCUGGUUUAACGGAUGAUUCCAAAAAUGCACAAGCACCGAUUGUGCUAAAUGAAUCUCACCUUGUUACUCUUGCUGCAGCAACCCAAUCUCCAGAAGCUAUCAAACAGCUCCUGGAGUCAAGUCUACCGUCAAUGCUUGUGAAGAGCCUGAUCAAUUUUUGCUUCAAUCAUAUUUCCAGUUUGGAUUGUACAGUGCCUUAUGCAGAGGUCACCACAGACAGAAACAAGUGGCAUCAUUCCCAGCAGCGUGUAAUCAGCAAGGUUCCCCUCACGGCAGAUCUGGUGGCUCCUGUUCUGCGGUUUCUAACUGAAGUAGGUAGCAGCCACACCAUGAAGGAUUGGUUAGGGGGACCUGACGUAAACCCCCUAUGGACUGCUCUUUUGUUCUUGCUGUGCCAUUCCAGUAGCAGCAGCUCUGGGCACCAACAUCACAAUGGGUCCCAGCAUAUUGGAUCAAGAUACCUUCCUUCUGCCUCUUCACCUGCAGGAGUAGGACUGACCACUCAACAGAGAACAGCAAUUGAAAAUUCCACUGUUGCAUUCUUCUUGCAGUGCAUUUCUUGUCAUCCAAACAAUCAGAAAUUAAUGGCCCAGGUUCUCUGUGAAUUAUUCCAAUCAACACCUCAGCGUCCAAAUGUCCCAACAUCCGGAAAUAUUUCUGGCUUUAUUAGGAGGCUUUUCCUGCAGCUAAUGCUUGAAGAUGAGAAAGUGACUGUGUUUCUUCAUUCUCCUUGUCCUCUGUAUAAAGGCAGAAUUAAUGCUACUAGCCAUGUCAUUCAACAUCCCAUGUAUGGAGCCGGACAUAAAUAUCGCACACUUCAUUUGCCCAUUUCAACUACUUUGGCUGAAGUUUUGGACCGUGUAUCAGAUACACCAAGUAUCACGGCUAAGUUAAUCAGUGAACAAAAAGAAGAAAAGGAGAAAAGGAACCAGGAGGAGAAAGACAAGUUGAAGAGUGACAAUGGUUUCCAAGAUAACUACAGCGUUGUCGUUGCCUCUGGUCUGAAGUCCCAAUCAAAGAGAGCUGUUUCAUCGACGCCCCCAAGGCCACCAUCGAGGAGAGGAAGAGUGAUGACUGAUAAAUUGGCAACUACUUCUGCAUCUACAGAAUCUUCUAACAAAACAAUUAGUGUCCCUGUGUUCCAUCUUUACCACAAACUUUUACCAGGUCAGCCACUGCCAGCAGAGGUGACACUAGCCCAGCUGUUAACUCUGUUGUAUGAUCGCAAACUCCCUCAAGGCUACCGGUCAAUAGAUUUGACUGUUAAGCUUGGAUCUAAAGUAAUCUGUGACCAAGUAUUAUCAAAAACUGAUUCAUUUAAGCGUCUUCGCACAGACAAAGAACUUGGGGAUGGUCUCACCGGCUGUCCUGAAGAUGAAGUUUUGCAACCAAGUGAUGACUGCAUAGAUAGUGUCUUGGAUGAAUCUUUGCUCGAAACAAAUCCAAUCCAGUCUCCACUUCAGGUGUUUGCUGGCAUGGGUGGGCUAGCACUCAUAGCAGAAAGGCUGCCAAUGUUGUAUCCUGAUGUUAUCCAGCAAGUGAGUGCUCCAGUGGUAACUUCGACUUCCCAAGAGAAACCGAAGGACAAUGAACAGUUUGAAUGGGUUACAAUAGAACAGUCUGGUGAAUUAGUCUAUGAGGCUCCUGAAACAAUAACUGCCGAGCCACCACCAAUCAAAUCAACUGUUCCUGCAAUGUCCCCCAUCCCAGCACAUUCUCUUGCAGCCUUUGGACUCUUCCUUCGUUUACCAGGAUACGCAGAAGUACUCCUCAAAGAACGGAAACAUGCCCAGUGCUUGCUCAGAUUGGUGCUCGGCGUAACAGAUGAUGGUGAAGGCAGUCACAUCCUACAAUCUCCAUCAGCAAAUGUUCUUCCCACGCUUCCAUUCCAUGUUUUGUGCACUUUAUUCAGUACCACACCAUUGACUACUGAUGAUGGAGUUCUCCUUCGGCGGAUGGCUUUAGAAAUUGGAGCAAUUCAUCUUAUCCUGGCUUGCCUUUCUGCACUAAGCCACCAUGCCCCAAGGGUGCCGAAUGCAGGUGCUAACCAAACAGAGCCACAAGUUUCCAGUGUGCACACAAACUCUUCUACUGAAGACCAGCAGUUAUAUUGGGCCAAAGGCACAGGCUUUGGAACAGGUUCUACAGCAUCAGGUUGGGAUGUGGAACAAGCUCUAACUAAGCAGAGACUGGAGGAGGAACACGUUACCUGUCUUCUGCAGGUUCUUGCCAGUUAUAUAAAUCCUGGGGGAAGCAACUUUUCCGGAGAAGUACAGCUUGGUGAAAGUAGGGGACACAACAAUAAUGCCCUUCCUUCUGUGCUUGUGGAGUUACUCAGUCAAUCCUGUCUUAUUCCUGCUAUGUCAUCCUAUUUGAGAAAUGACUCUGUGCUUGACAUGGCCAGGCAUGUUCCUCUGUAUAGAUCUCUGCUGGAGUUGCUACGUGCCAUUGCUUCAUGCAUAUCCCUUGUGCCCCUUCUUCUGCCUUUAUCUGGUGAUAACAGUGAGGAGGAUGACGAGCAUUCUGAAACGCAGACUUCUGUUGGCACUUUACUAGCAAAGAUGAAAACGUGUGUGGAUACUUACACCAACAGAUUAAGAUCUAAGAAAGAUAAAGGCAAAGCAGGGUCCAAGAGUGAUACAGCAGAGGCAGAAUCUGAAGGCUUAACACUGCUUGUACCUGAUAUUCAGCAAACUGCUGAGAUUGUCCAGUUGGCAACCACCAGCCUUCGACAGGCAGCUCAAGAAAAAAAAAUUGCUGAAUCAACAAAGAAGGCAAUGGCACGACCGAGGCCUUUAGCAGUCACGCGUUCUCUGGAGGAGACGUAUGUCGCUGCAAUGAAAAAGCUGCAAUUCGAUACUGCUGAGAUGGUCACAGAAGAUGAUGAUGGAAAAUUGAUCUUCAAAGUAAAUUACCAUUACAUGUCUCAGGUGAAAAAUGCCAGUGAUGCAAACAGUGCUGCCAGAGCUAGACGCCUUGCACAGGAAGCUGUCACGCUCUCAACAUCACUGCCUCUUUCUUCUUCAUCCAGUGUAUUUGUGCGUUGCGAUGAGGAGAGAUUGGAUAUCAUGAAAGUUCUAAUCACAGGACCAUCCGACACACCUUAUGCAAAUGGCUGUUUUGAAUUUGAUGUAUAUUUUCCUCAAGAUUAUCCAAAUUCCCCUCCACUUGUAAACCUGGAAACCACAGGAGGACACAGCGUACGAUUUAACCCAAACCUUUACAAUGAUGGAAAGGUCUGUUUAAGCAUUCUCAACACCUGGCAUGGAAGACCCGAGGAGAAGUGGAAUCCUCAAACAUCUAGUUUUUUGCAAGUGCUAGUGUCAAUCCAGUCUUUGAUACUGGUAGCAGAGCCUUAUUUUAAUGAACCUGGCUAUGAGAGGUCAAGAGGAACGCCCAGUGGCACUCAGAGUUCCAGAGAGUACGAUGGAAAUAUUAGACAAGCAACUGUAAAAUGGGCCAUGCUUGAACAAAUAAGAAAUCCCUCACCAUGCUUUAAAGAGGUCAUACACAAACAUUUUUACUUGAAGAGAGCAGAGGUUAUGGCCCAGUGCGAAGAGUGGAUUGCAGAUAUUCAGCAGUAUAGCAGUGACAAGAGAGUCGGUAGGACCAUGUCUCAUCACGCAGCUGCUUUGAAGCGCCAUACUGCACAGCUACGUGAAGAGUUGCUGAAGCUUCCCUGCCCUGAAGGUCUUGAGCCAGAGUGUGAUGAGGCAGUGGAGAAAACUGAAGAUGCUGCAACGGGUGAAACAGAACCUGUAUCAGAAGGUGAAGAAAAGCCCAGCAGCAGCAGAGACUCCUCUCCUAAUGAUGUCAAAUUAUGAUCUGCAAUGUGUGGACUUGAAAGACUCGAGGCUUUGGAGCACAAGCCAAACUUUGUCAAUAUUUGUAUGUAAAAAGCUAAUUAUGUAAUAGGUAAUAAAAUUGAACUAUGCUAUGCCCUUCAAGGUAAAACCGUUUAAAUCAAUAUGAUCUUUUAUUUACCUGUAAAAGAGUGUAAACUUUUUUGUGCUUUUAUUUUUCAAUUGUGACAUAACCACUACAUGGUAUGUUUGAAACAAGUUGUUCAUGUAUACACUGAUGACAAACGGAUAAAUCACUGAUAUAAGGGAAAUACAUUAGAAUGUUUACCGAAUGUUAAUUUUUCAGAUUUCUCCAUUAGAGGACAGUUUCAACCAGGAAUAUAUUGUCAUCCUUGUAGGUACUUCGCUUAUUUAAAAAUACAGAUCUUAGGCUGGUAGCCCCUAUCCCCGUUCCCCUUCUUUAUCUCUCCCUCCAAAACAAUGUUUGGCCAUAUUCAUUGCUCAUAGUAAAUUUCUACAAACUCCUGUAACUUCAAUAAAAAGAUGAAUGAACAUUC